UUCACUCUGUUUUUCUUCACACGCUCUCCCUUUCUCCCCAGUGUAAUUUAUUUCUGUUUCUUCUUUACCCUUUUAUUCUUCGUUUUGGAGGUUUUAAGAACACAAAGAGAAAAUGGAUGAUGAAUUCGCGAAGCUUAUUAGGAGAAUCAACCCACCAAGAGUUGCUGUUGACAAUGAUGCUUGUGAGCAUGCUACCGUUAUACAGGUUGAUAGUGUCAAUAGACAUGGUAUUCUCCUUGAAGUUGUCCAGGUUCUUGCGGACCUGAACCUUGUUGUAACAAAAGCAUAUAUAUCAUCUGAUGCAGGAUGGUUUAUGGACGUGUUCUAUGUUACAGAUUAUGAAGGAAACAAAAUUAGAGAUGGAAGGACCCUCAGUUAUAUACAGAAGACUCUUGAAACGAAAGUCUAUUUCUUAAAUUCAUUAGGGAGCUCUGUUGGGGUAAUUCCUUCUAAAGAGCAUACUUCAAUAGAACUAACAGGCAGUGACAGGCCAGGGCUUGUAUCAGAGGUCUCUGCAGUCCUAGCAGACCUAGGGUGCAAUGUGGUCAACGCUGAGAUUUGGACGCAUAAUGCUAGGGCUGCAGCCGUUAUCUAUGUCACAGACCAGUCAACAGGGCAUGCAAUUGAAGACCCGAAAAAACUUUCAAUGAUCAAGGAACUUCUCUUAAAUGUCAUGAAGGGCAACAGUGAUUUUAGGACGCCAAGAAUGUCUAUUUCCUCUUCCGGGGUAAUGCACAGGGCGAGAAGAUUGCAUCAGAUGCUGUUUGCUGAUAGGGAUUUUGAGAGGCCUGAGAAUGUCAAGUUUGAAAGUGCAAAACCCCAUGUAACUGUGCAGGAUUGCAGUGAUAGAGACUAUACAGUUGCAACCAUAAGGUCCCUGGAUCGACCAAAGCUAUUGUUCGACACUAUUUGCACUCUCACAGACAUGGAAUAUGUGGUUUUCCAUGGAACAGUCAUCACAGGAAGAAUGGAAGCCUAUCAGGAAUACUAUAUCAGGCAUGUUGAUGGAUUCCCUAUAAGCUCAGAAGCUGAGCAACAACGAGUUGUAGAGUGUCUUGAAGCAGCCAUAGAGAGGCGAGCUUCAGAGGGUCUGGAAUUGGAACUCUUUACAGAUGAUCGGUUUGGACUCCUUUCAGAUAUUACAAGGAUAUUUCGAGAAAACGGUUUGUGCAUCAGAAGAGCAGAAAUAUCCACCAAGGAUGGGAAAGCAAAAGACACUUUCUUUGUCACCGAUGUCAAUGGUAAUCCUGUUGAUCCCAAAACUGUGGAUUUGAUCCAGCAUCAGAUAGGACAAGCCAAUCUUCAGGUAAAAGGGAAUUCCUUCCUAUCUCCGAAACAUCCCAAGGAGACAGCAGGAAGUUUCCUCUUUGGGAGCUUGUUUAAAGGAAGAAGUUUCCAAAACUUUAAACUCAUCAAAUCUUGCUCAUAAUCUCUGUUCCCUAAUAGUUUCUGGAAGGGAACGGCGGAGUGCUUCCUUGAGAAAAAACACAAAAGACGUCACCUCCAACAGUACAAAGAGAAAAAAAAAAGGGGAAAAGGAAGCGCUGGCUCCUGUUCCAUGGAGGUUUUGUAUGUAAAUUGUACAUAAUUGAUGUAAGUUACUUGGUUUACAAAUGAAAGCAGGUAAGAUUAUAUCCAAUCUGCUUGUUCAAUGAAAAGUUUGUACAGAAUUUGA